CAACACGCUAUAUAAAAGGCGCCUCUUCAAAUCCGAUUUUACAACGAGACAAACAGUCGUGAUCAGCAUCAUGAACGCUCUGACGAUCGUAUCUCUCUGCGUGCUCGCAGUGGCUGCACUCGCUGCGCCACCAAAGCAGGACGAGCCGAUCCCCAUCCUGGCUUCGAGCCUGGACGGACCAAACCCGGACGGUUCAUACAGCUACAGCUACCAGACCGGAAAUGGCAUUCAAGCGCAGGAACAGGGCCAGCUCGCUAAAAUCUCCCCUACUGAAGACGCUAUUCGCGUUCAGGGAUCUUUCGGCUAUUCCGACCCUGACGGCCAAUCCAUUGGUAUAGGCUACAUCGCCGACGAGAACGGUUUCCAACCUAAGGGUGAUCAUCUUCCAACCCCGCCUCCGGUUCCCGCCGGUAUCCUGAGGGCCCUAGAGUACAUCGCUAAACAUCCCGAAGAGGACAAUCUGCGGAAGUGAUUACAGCGACGCUCAGAACUGAAAUCAUGCGGCUGACACUUGUUAGUACAAAUCAUUCAUGUGCGAGUUAGAUGUAAGAGUACAAUACAGGGCAAAGUGGAGUACUUAAUUAUAGAAGCGGGGGGUUUUCGUGCUCCUCAGAUAAAAACGAGCUCGAUUCUGGAUACAAUCUUUCUUUCAUUUUUAAUGUAAUCUAUUAUACUGAAAUAAAUUGAGCAUGAGAGAUCAGUGUAAUUACAGUGAAUCAAAAUUUUCAAAUCUGUUGUAUCGGGAAUCGAGCUCGUCGACACCAUGCGUAUCAUGAUACUUGGAUUUUACGUGAAUUCUCUGUAUUCUCCCACGAUUUGGCGAGUUUUGUUGCGAGAACGACAUUCCGCGGAAACCACCGUCAAAUUAGUACAGUCAAUUAGUACCCACCAUGUUAAUUGCGAAACCUCGUAGCGCAUGCUGUCGUAAUGGCAACGUUUAUAUUAAACGCUGCUCGAAAUAAACGUGCUUAAAUCAGUCACGCGUUCCUUCUUUGAUGAAAAUUUAUUUGACCAUUGAGCCAUAAACACAUCGAAGCUGUUUCGCUCAUUAAAAUACGUAUCAAUUUGCCGGCGAUUUGAAUAGCACGUCACUAGCUAUGCGGAUGAGUUCGAUUCGACGAGUUCGCGAUUAUACGAAUAAUACGAAUACUAAGCGAUAUUUAAUGACGAGUCACGAGCCGCGCGUGUGUAGAUUACGCAAUAUUGGUCACACGAUGAAAUAGCGAGGAACGUCAAGUGCUAUCGUAUCUUGGACCGUAAAUUUGGCGGCGUGUUUGUCAAAGCGUGUUGUACACACGCAUUUCUAUUUUUAAUCUUCACGUAAGCAAAAUAUUCUUCAAUGGAAUUCUCAGGAAUUUAUCGCGGGGAAUUCCCAAAGAGAAUCGCCAACGGGAGUCCUGCAUCGAAAUUUCAAAAUGCGCACUACAUUCCUGCAAAAUUGUUGCGUGAAUUAUUCUGCAUAAAAAUAUCCUCGAGAGUAGAUUUUCGUAAUUCCGGCAGAGGAACAGCAGGGGUGAGUCAGCUCCUGACAGCGGGGUGCGCGCAAAUCCAAACCGCGCGACACGCUAUUCCCGUGUAGCGCGUAUCCUUGCGAAUGCACAGAGGAGCGUGCGAUUUAAAUAAGAUAAAUGCUCGCAUCUCUUUUACGGUGGGACGUGCAGCGGCUAUAAAAACGAGAAUUACGACAUCACGUUAGCCGACGUCCGAGAGAUCCGUUAUUACGUUCAGGAGCUCAUGUAUGUCGUAUUCGAGGACAGUGCAUGGCGCUGUCCCGUACCGAAAAAGAAAAAGAACCACCCGUGGAUUAGUAAGUACAACGCGUCACGCAAAAUCGCACGAGUCGAUACGUCAAUCCUUCGAUGUGCGAGGAUUUACGCGCGUCUAUAUUAAUAGAGACAUAAAAUACGACGUUGCGUUAAUUAAACGACCGCCACGCAAUUACAAGCUGCUCGGGAGGAGGCGGUCCUUGAAAUUAAUUUAUUCCUAAGGUGUUUUCCAUAUUCAAGGUGUACCUGUGGUCGGAAGGAUUAAAUCACUAGUUCGUCGGCGAUGCCACGUUUCAUGAAUAAUAGUACGAAAUUACGCGGCGAGAGAAGAUGCGAGCAUCUGUCUCUUCUCCUGACUAAAUUAAAAAUAUUCUUCGCGCAAGACGAGCUUCCUCAAUCCCGGAUUGUCUCUUUUCUUUCAUAAACUAAUCCUAUUUUGGAGCAUAGUCUAAGAAAUGUACGUUGUAAUAAUAAAAACACAUCUGGCUAU